UCCACACCUGUCUUGAUACAUCCACCUAUACAAGAAAAAGGAUUCAGUCUCUGGAUUAUGGCUCACCAGACUAAAUCAACUGUGAGGAAAAUGGUCAAGAAGUCUCUUGUUGCUGGGCUGGUGGUCUUGCUUGUGGCUGCAUUGGGUUUUUUCCUGGGUGUGUAUUUGGUGAUUGGAAAUAAGAGACUCACUGUAUCCUCGGACCACUUCUACUUGAAAGCAGCCGUGGCAGCAGAUGCCGGGAAGUGCUCUGAGGUUGGGAGGGACAUCUUAAAGCGCAAUGGUUCAGCGGUUGAUGCUUCCAUUGCUGCUCUGUUGUGUGUCGGACUGUUCAACGCACAUAGCAUGGGCAUCGGAGGAGGGCUGUUCUUCACCAUAUACAAUGCUUCAACAGGAAAGGUGGAGACAAUUGAUGCCAGAGAAACCGCUCCAAUGAAUGCUUCAGAGGACAUGUUUGGCAAUAACACCCAGCUGUCACGGAAAGGAGGGUUGUCCAUUGCCAUACCAGGGGAAAUCCGCGGUUAUGAGAUGGCGCACAAAAGACAUGGGAGACUUCCAUGGAAGGAACUGUUUAAGCCCAGUAUAGAAUUGGCACGCAAUGGUUUUCCAAUUGGCAGGACCUUGGCCAAUGCCAUUGCAAAAAACAAGGACACAAUUCUGAGUGAUGUGACGUUGUGUGAAGUGUUUUGUGACUCAGACAAAAGCCUCCUGAAGGAAAAUGAUAUCAUUAGAUUUCCCAAACUCGCUGACACCUAUGAGAAGAUAGCGGAAGAAGGGCCGGAUGUUUUUUACAGCGGAUCUAUGGCCCAGAAUAUAGUGGAUGAUAUCCAGGCUGCAGGAGGGAUUAUAACACUUGAGGACCUAAAGGAAUAUAAGCCAGUGUUGAAUGAGACUCCGCUGAAGUUAAAUGUGGGGGAGUACACAAUUAAUAUUCCUGAUGCUCCAUCCAGUGGACCUGUACUCGCUCUGAUUCUCAACAUAGUAGAUGGUUACAACUUCUCAGACAGCAGUGUGUCCACAGCAGAGAAGAAGACUUUGACAUAUCAUCGUAUCGUAGAGGCAUUUCGUUUUGCUUAUGCCAAGAGGAGUAAACUGGGAGACCCACGUUACCUCAACAUCACUGAUCUCAUCCAAAACAUGACCUCAGACUACUUUGCAGACAACAUUAGGAGUAAAAUCACAGAUGACACUACUCACCCAGACAACUACUACGAUCCGGAGUACUUUGUCCCCGAUGACCACGGCACGGCUCACCUGUCAGUCAUCGCAGAGGAUGGGAGCGCGGUGGCAGCCACCAGCACCAUCAACCUUUAUUUCGGCUCAAAGGUGAUGUCACGCUCAACUGGCAUUAUCUUUAAUGAUGAGAUGGAUGAUUUCAGCUCUCCUUACAUUACCAAUGGCUUUGGGGUUUCCCCUUCACCCAACAACUUCAUUCAGCCAGGUAAAAGACCUCUUUCAUCAAUGUGCCCCACGAUAAUAUUUGACAAACACCACAGAGUCAAAAUGGUAGUUGGGGCCUCAGGUGGGACGAAAAUCACCACGGCAACUGCUCUGGUGAUACUGAACUCGCUGUUCUUUAACUAUGACUUGAAGAAAGCGGUUACAGAGCCUAGAGUCCACAACCAACUCAACCCCAACAUGACAGUAGUGGAACAGGACUUUGAGCAGACUGUUCUUGAUGGCCUGGCUCAGAAGAAUCACGUAACAGAGCUGCAGAGGACGCCAGGAGCAGUAGUCCAGGCCAUUGUGCGACAAGGGGACAAACUCUGCGCCGAAUCUGACCCCAGGAAAGGCGGCUAUCCUGCGGGAUAUUGAACAGCACUCCUUCUCUCCCUUUUCAAUUUUUGUGGACCUUCAGUCAUUGGUGACUCAAUCAAGAACCAAGAAAAUCGAAUAUACACAUUGUAAGGCAGUAGUCCAAUGCACAAGGUUGCACAAAGACUCCCUGUAUUUAUUAACAGUUCUUUUUUCUUUUUGAUGGGAAAAUCUUUCAUUGGUAUCAACAGUGCCUAACUUUCAUAUUGAACGGUCUAUGAUAAUUCCAAGCUUGUUUAUUCUUUUUAAGGUGUAGAGAAAGAGAAUUGAUUAUCAGUAUGUGGGGGUCCUUUGGCCUGAUUCCAUUGUACGUUUUUUUUUUUUUUU